CUUUUUCUUUGAUAAAAGGAAGACGACUGGAGUGGUAGAGUCUUAGUUGAAUCGCCAAAGCCACCGAACUUACCUGUUCGCAUCUGUCGUCUGGUUGUGUGUGCGCGCGCGCGUGUGCCAGUGCCUUAUUCUCUCUGUGUCGUGCCGUGUCUCAAUCAGAACUCUUGGAAUUCUUUUUGGAUCUACCCACCAACGCUGCCAGUUUUGAUUGCCGAUUACGUUUGACGAAUAGACGACAGCCAUUUUUUUUUUUCGUUUUGGAGAGACCACAUUUUAAACGUCCAGUGUUAAUUGUUUUCACCUUUCGGACGCCAAGUGUUCGCAAAUAAGGACGACGUCGAGCCGUGUCGGCGUCGCGAUCAAUUGGUUUGGCGGGCGGCAACCCCUUUUAAAUCCUGCCCGAAAAAAACAAACAAGAGAGCGGAGAAUUCCGUGCCAAUUAUUCUACACAAAAUGAUGUCUGAAGACAUGAUGAACGGCGUCGGAGCACCGAAGACGUCCGCACCGCCAUCGCCUCCCAUUCACCGCAACGGCGCCGAUAAUGAAGCGGGCAAUGCCGGCAUCACAGAAGCCAUUUUUGUUCGCAAUGCGUGCAAGAGUUACGGCGUCGGUAAACGCCGAUCGACCGUCUUGCGCGGACUCGAUAUGAACGUCAAAAAGGGAACCAUAUACGGAUUGCUUGGAGCUAGCGGUUGCGGCAAAACCACCCUGCUGAGCUGCAUCGUCGGCCGACGCAGUUUAGACAGCGGAGAGGUGCUCGUUUUUGGGGGCGAGCCCGGCUCAAUCGAAAGUGGCAUCCCCGGCCCGCGCGUCGGUUACAUGCCGCAAGAACUUGCCUUGUACGGCGAGUUUACCAUCAAGGAGACGCUCGAGUACUUUGGCCGCAUCUACAAAUUGCCGGCGGCUUUCGUCAAAUCGCAGAUGGACUUCCUCUUUAACCUGCUGGACCUGCCGCCGGCCCACCGUUUCGUCAAGACGCUGAGUGGCGGCCAGCAACGGCGCGUCUCGUUCGCCGUCGCCCUCUUCCACGAGCCCGAGCUGCUCAUCUUGGACGAACCGACAGUUGGUGUCGAUCCGCUAUUAAGACAAAGCAUCUGGAACCACUUGGUCCGUCUGAGCACCGACCACGGCCGGACGGUCAUCAUCACCACCCAUUAUAUUGAAGAAGCCCGACAGGCUAGCACGAUUGGACUGAUGCGUUCGGGUCACUUGCUCGCUGAAGAGUCUCCACAUAACCUGCUUUCCCUUCACGGACUGGGCACGCUCGAGGAUGUCUUUCUCAAGCUGUGCAUGAAGGAUGGCGUCGUCAAGCACGGCACGGAUCCAGUGGUUGCCACCAUUACGGGCGGCAAGAGCGGCUAUCCCGCCAUGUCGCAAGACAUGGAGGGUCACGACAAUCCCGCCUACGUUCAGACGUACAACAAUGUGGAUGCCAUCACGGCAGACAUUGAUCACCAGCAUCAUGACAACCGAGAUGAAGAAGAGGAUCACAAAGCUCUCGCUCAACUCUCGAUCAUUCCUAUGGGCGUCCAGUACUGGAAGAACACCAAAUCCAUCCUACCCGUAGCCGACGAGGAUGGCAUUGUUGGACUGACUUUCAGCCCGUCUGGCGACAGCAUGAUUCACGCUUACAGCAACAAGGCGGCCAAUCAGCAGCACAUUAACCAGAUGAACGCGUUCAACAAUGAGAAUCAAGGUAACGACGAUUCACCUGCCGCCACCUUCGACACGAAGGAGGGUCUCUUCAACCUGAAGCACGGUGGAAGCAGUACCAAUGGCAGCGGUUCCAGCACGGCCAGCUGCAGCAGCUCCAGCAGUAACGCGGGCGACACUAGCAGCAGUUGCGGUAGCACGGCGGCCAGCAGCCGGGCUGUGGGCAAGCGCCGCAGCGGCACAUUUAAAUUGGCCAUUCCAUCGUGGCAUCGCAGCUCCGCUCUCAUCCGCAAGAAUUUCAUGCAGACCUUCCGCAACAUUGGAAUGUUUUUGUUCAUUUUCCUUUUGCCCGCCGCCCAAGCGAUUCUCUUUUGUUUGGCUAUUGGUCGCGAUCCUACCUUCCUCAAAAUGGCUGUUGUCAACGAUGAACUGGAUCCGAGUCAGGGUCGUAUCUGCAACUAUACGACAGACUGCACUUAUUCCAUGUUCAGUUGCCGCUACCUUCGAUUCGUGGACAAUACGACGAUAGUCCAGGUUCCAUUCAAAAGUUUAUCGGACGCUAUGGACGCAACGAAACGAGGCGAAGUGUGGGGCGUGGUCCACUUUGGACAAAAUUUUACGGAUGAAUUGGUGGUCCGCCAAGCGGAUGGCAAUCAUGCGGACAACGAGACGAUCCUCGCCAGUCGUAUAGCCAUCACCCUCGAUUGGUCCAACCAGCAGAUUUCGCUGACUCUGCAACGGCGCCUCAUCGAAGCCUUUGAAGACUUCAGCAAAGACAUUUUGAAGGCUUGCUCUUACGAACCAGCGGCGGCCAGCAUCCCCGUCACGUUUUUGGAUCCAAUCUACGGUGAAAAGAAACCAUCCUUCACAGAGUUUAUGGCGCCAGGCAUUAUUCUAACAAUUGUCUACUUUAUUGCCGUAGCCCUGACAGCUGCCGUCUUCAUCAACGAGCGAAAGUCGGGCCUCCUCGACCGUAGCAUAGUGGCCGGUGUUCAAAUGACUGAAAUCAUGUUGGCUCAUUUGGUCAAUCAAUUCACUGUCCUCAUCGGUCAGACGGCGCUCGUCUUCUUGUUUAUGCUUCUCGUUUUCAACAUUGCCUGCCACGGCAGCUUGGCUCUGGCCGUCUUCAUCACUCUGCUUCAGGGUUUGUGCGGCAUGUCUUACGGUCUGGUGGUGUCGACUCUGUGCGACGAAGAGACCAGCGCCAUCCAUCUCUCGUUGGGCAGUUUCUACCCGAACCUGUUGCUCAGCGGUGUGCUGUGGCCCAUGGAGGGCAUGCCCGUCUACUUGCGUUACGUCUCCUAUUUUCUACCGCAGACGUACGCCGUCGAGUCGUUGAGGAACGUCUUCGGCCGAGGUUGGGGCAUCGAAAGGCCCGAGGUCUACUUCGGCAUUGUGAUCAGCUUUAGCUGGAUUUUUGCCCUCUUGGCUUUGAGUCUCAUCGUCGUGCGCAUUCGCAAGUACACGGGUUAGAAGUCUAGCGCAGAGAAAGAGGCCCAGGACACGACGCUAUUUUAGAGAAACGUCGUAUUUUGUAUCAUUGCAGACGAGAGAAGAAUCAUUCAUCUUUUAUUAGGUUUUUUAAUGGCGGACAAAUUUGAAUCCUUUUCUCGUUCCCGGGUUAUUUUUUUUUUUAACUAAUUUUUCGAUUUAUCGACAUUUAAAAAAAAGAAAUCGCAAAAUAAUUUUACCUAAAAAAAAAAAAUAAAAUUUCUAUUUGUUUUGAAUGUUUGUUUUGGAAGGAGACAGUGAUUGUGUGUGUGAGUGUGUAUUAGACCCGCGUAUUUUGUUCAGCUUGUCGAAAUUGUGUGCUCAAGAGACGCAUCUGAUAUCAUCGUCCAAUUCCCAACCAUCCAACGAUUAGAAAUCGACCUUUUUUUAAUUUAAAAAGAAGUUAGCGAACGAAAAAUGUUUCAAUUGACACCGUUGCCUUUUUUCAUCAUUUUUUUUUUUUGGAUCGAAUUAUUUGUGACAGUUCCCAUUUUCGCAUCACGUGACUUCUUGUACAUCCCCUUAGACCGUCUCUUUUAAUUAUCGAUUUCCCUCUUAAAAAAAAAAAAAUUCCAUGAAAAGAAAAGCAAACAAUUGUGUGGUUCAUUGCCACUCGUUCACGUUACGUGGGCGAGCUUGCGGCUUUUGUGUAUGUAUGCGUAGUGUUAUUUCUAUUUUUAUAUAAAUAUGCAGGAUGUGUUCUUUAAAAAAAAAACGUUCGAUUUGACAAUUAUCUUAUUCAAUGCGUUAGGUCAAUGCGAUUCUCGUCCUCUCUCGAUUGAUUUCGUUAGAUUUAAAUUUUUGACAAGUCCUCGCUCCCAAUAUUUGGAUUUUUUUUUUUACCCCAUUGCUCUUUGAUAUCGUUUUUUAAAAUAAAUUUAAAAUCAUAGUA